CGUGCGGCCCUGGACAGCUGUGAGCGAAUGUUUUCAGACAUUGUUCUCCUUGAUGGCACGAGCCGCCGCUCUCUGUAAUCAAGGAGAUUCCUAAAUACCUGUGGGCAAUUGGCUGGGCGUGCAUCAAGGCUGGCAACGACCAAUAAAGGCCAAGGAGUAUGGCCACUAUGGACCAGACACCGCUGUUUAUAGCCUGUCUGCGCGCCGUGCGCACGCGCAACAAGGAGCUGUCGGCGGCGGCUGAAAGCCGUGUGCUGCCGCGGCGCGCGGCCGGCCCGUUCCAGCGGCGCGCCGCGGACAUCGUGGCGAGCGUGGCGCGGCUGGCCGCCUUCCUGCAGGAGCAUCGGGCCGGCUACCUGAGCACAGGCCACGCCGACGGACCCGCGCUCUCCGAAGCCGAACGUGACCAGGUGGACGCCGGCGCCCAGGCUAUCACGCGCACCUGCAGUCAGCUGGUGCGCGAGUUCCGGCGCGAGCUGGUGCCGGCGGCCGGCGGCGACCAGGCGGCGCAGCACCGGCAGGCCGUGGCUGACAGCAUGGAGGCCUACCUCAAGACCGUGUGCGGCAUCUACGCCGAGAUGAAGGCGGUGCGCGUGAAGCGGUCCGUCGACCGGCGCAACAUGAGCCAGAUCAUGACGGCAACGCCACGGCCGGCGCCCGCCGCCGACCGCCCAACGCCCCCGGCAGUGCCGCCGGAGGACGGCGGCGGCGGCGGAGCGCCGAGCUGGGAACAGGACCGGCCCAGCUCGCCCCUGCUGCCCGGAGACGAGCUCACGCCAGAGGACCUCCAGAUGCUGCAGGCCGAGAACGACCAGAUGCUCAACGAACUCAACAGCAUGACGGAAGAGGUGCGGCUGGUCGAGAGCAAGGUGGUCAAGAUCGCCCAGCUGCAGGAGAUCUUCACCGAGAAGGUGCUGGAGCAGGACAAGGACGUUGACCGCAUCGGUGACACUGUGAUCGGCACGACCGAGAACAUCAAGGAUGCCAACGAGCAGCUGCGCAGCGCCAUCAAGAAAAACGCCGGCACCCGCGUGUGGGUCAUGUUCUUCCUCUUGGUGAUAUCGUUCUCGUUGCUUUUCCUAGACUGGUACAACGAUUAAUGCGUGAGUACGCUUAGCUGGACGCUUCACGUGGGUCGUGAAGUAGGCGUUGUUCCGUGACGUUCGGACCCAAGCUGUGUGCUGUGAUAGUCGGCUAUCGCGGCCGGGCGGAUGAUUUCGGUGGGUAUAUUUUUAUGCUAUUUAAUGUAAGCUUGAUGCAUUCAAGUGUCUAGAUGAACAAUGUUGGGAUUUGAGCACAUGCCUUAAAUAUAUGCCGAGGCACUG